AUGCAUACUGUGUUCUCCAUGAAGGAAUUGGGUACUGUGUCCUAUUUCUUGGGCAUCUCAGUUCAAGCCUUAUCUCGUGGUUACUUCUUAUCUCAAGCUAAGUAUGCCACUGAGCUUCUUCACAAAGCUGGUUUAAUUGAUUGUAAACCAUGCUCCACUCCUUUAGCUGUCAAAGCUUCUUCUCCUCCUUCUUCUUCAGAUGAUCUUCCCUUUUCUAAUCCUUCACUGUAUAGGAGUAUUGUUGGUGGCUUACAGUACCUCACCAUUACCAGACCUGAUUUAGCCUUAGCUGUUAACCAAGCAUGCCAGCAUAUGCACCUUCCUACUAAUGCUGAUUUUCAAGAUAUCAAACGCUUGUUGAGAUAUAGUGCUAUGAAACAGUCCACUGUUUCUCAAUCAUCUACUGAGACUGAGUAUAGGGCAUUGGCUAAUGCCACUGCUGAAUUAACUUGGUUGCAGCAGUUGUUGGCAGAUAUGCAUAUUCCCUCAUCUUGUAUUACUGAGCUCAGAUAA